UGCAAUUUCGAGCCUUCGUUCCAAUUGAGGCUGUACCUGCAGAUGGAGUCCACAGUGUUGCAAAACCUUCACAAUCCAGUCGAGGUGCGAGCGCUAGGUAAGAAGCACUCAUCGUCGUUCCCGAUCUCUGUGAACAAAGCAGAACUGUACCUUGCGAUUAUGAAUAAAGGCAUGAAAGAAACGUUGCAAGAUUUCGACUCCCAAGUGUCUGGCGAGGACCCGCGACAAGAAGAGGCAAAAAGUAAACGACUUGCGGGCAGCGCCGACGAGUUCAUUGAAGUGGGAGUGGCUUUCUGCCUUGGAAGGAACUAG